AUGGCGCCAAGCGCGCCCCCGCCGGCCGCCGCGCGUGCCCGCCGCCGCGCCCCGCCCGCGUCGCGCCCCACCUCACCACGCCGCGCCCACCGCCGCGCGCGCCCCCUGCCGCCGCCCGCCCGCCGCCGUGCCCCCUGCCGCCACGCGCGCCCGCGUCGCGCCCCCCUCGCCACGUCGCGCCCGCCCCGGCCGCGCCACGCCCCGCCCGCGCGGCGCCCCAACUCGCCACGCCGCGUCCCGCCACGCCCCGCCUCGCCCCGCCCCGCCCCGCCCGCGCCCGCCUCGCCCUGCCCGCCCCUGCCUCGGCCUCGCGCCGCGCUCGCCCUCGCGCAGGGGCAGCAGCCGCCCUCGCGCCGUGCUCGCGCGCAGCCACCGCGCCUCGCCCCUGCGCGCGCCCGCCUCGCCCCGCACGCCCCUGCGCGCGCCCGCCGCGCCCCGCCCGCGCACCGCUCGCCGCCCCCGCGCGCCCUCUCGCCGCCUGCGCGCUCGCCGAGCCCGCCCGCCCGCGCACCGCCCGCCGCCGUCGCCGCCUGCGCGCUCGCCGAGCCCGCCCGUCGCAUGCAGCAGUGGGUGCAGCCACCGCACCUCGCCCCGCACGCCCCUGCGCGCGCCCGCCGCGCCCCGCCCGCGCACCGCUCGCCGCCCCCGCGCGCCCUCUCGCCGCCUGCGCGCUCGCCGAGCCAACCGGUUUCCAGCGUUCUUUUCCAUUAG